GGCUCGCCGAGGAUCAUGACUGCGGCGGCGAACUGGGUGGCGAACGGGGCCAGCCUGGAGGACUGUCACUCCAACCUCUUCUCGCUGGCUGAACUGACGGGCAUCAAAUGGCGUAGGUACAACUUUGAAGGCCACGGGGACUGUGGCCCCAUCAUCUCAGCGCCGGCCCAGGAUGAUCCCAUCCUGCUCAGCUUCAUCCGCUGCCUGCAGGCCAACCUGCUGUGCGUGUGGCGCCGCGACGUCAAACCCGACUGCAAGGAGCUCUGGAUAUUCUGGUGGGGGGACGAGCCCAACCUGGUGGACGUCAUCCAUCGAGAGCUGCACAUUUGCCAGAGGCUUUCUCUGGUUGCUGGGAUCAGCACUGCACGUGUUGGAUUGGGAACAGUGACCUGCAGUUACUGUUCUCUCAAGGGUCAGAAAACAAAAAGCACCAUCAGAGAGGUGGAUCCAAGAUGCCUGAUGGAUAAAAACUUCGUGAGGAUUGGAAAAUGGUUCAUCAGACCCUAUGACAAGGAUGAGAAGCCUGUUAACAAAAGUGAACACUUGUCCUGUGCCUUCACCUUCUUCCUGCACGGGGAAAGCAACGUGUGCACGAGCGUGGAGAUCGCUCAGCACCAGCCCAUCUACCUGAUCACCGAGGAGCACAUCCAGAUGGCACAGUCCUCCCCCUCGCCCUUCCAAGUGCUGGUGAGUCCCUACGGGCUCAACGGGACCCUCACGGGCCAGUCCUACAAGAUGUCUGACCCAGCCACGCGGAAGCUGAUGGAGGAGUGGCAGUACUUCUACCCCAUGGUGCUGAAGAAGAAAGAAGGCAUGAAAGAGGAGGAGGAGCUGGGCUAUGACAAUGAUUUCCCUGUGGCAGUCGAAGUCAUUGUUGGUGGUGUGAGGAUGGUGUAUCCUUCAGCCUUUGUUCUCAUCUCCCAGAGUGACAUCCCCGUGUCACAGAGCGCUGCCAGUGCCGGAGGCCACGUAAAUGUGGGACAGCAGGGGCUGGGAAGCGUGAAGGAUCCUGCCAGUACCUGUGGGAUGCCACUCACUCCCCCCACCUCUCCGGAGCAGGCUGUUCUGGGAGAAAGUGGCUGCUCUCAGAGCAGCCUCAGCCACUCAGCUGUGCAGGAGGGCACAGUCAGUGUCCACAGUCCAAAGAAAUCAAGCAAGAUUACUCCAAAAUUCCACAACCGAAUGGUUCACCGUGUCUGGAAGGAAUGCAUCCUCAACAGGGCACAGUCCAAGAGGAAUCAAAUUACAACUGCAAAUUUGGAAGAGGAAGUUCCUAACAAUACUGUUUCAUGGGAUUUUGUGGAUCCAGUCCAAAGAGUCAGUUGUUCUUGUUCCAGGCACAAGGUGUUGAAGCAGCGCUGUGCCGCCGGCUCCAGCCGUCCCCCCACGAUAAACCCGCCCGGAUUCGGCGUGGGAGCCGCGGCAGCCUCGGCACUGCCCCCUCCUGCCUCCUCAAAGCACAAAACCACCGAGAGGCAGGAGAAAGCAGAGAAGCUGCAAAAGAGGCCCAUGAUGCCCUUCCACCACCGGCCCUCUGUGACUGAAGAGCUAUGCAUGGAGCAGGACACGCCGGGGCAGAAACUGGGAUUGGCCGGGAUGGAGCCCUCCUUGGACGUCCCGAAUCCCAGGAAAUACGAGAAACCGCUCUCUCUACCUGCUAGAAAUCCAAGCAAGCAAAUUAAUAUGAAUCCUAUGGAUUCACCCCAUUCCCCCACUUCCCCUCUGCCCCCCACUCUGAGCCCCCAGCCCCGAGGGCAGGAAGCAGAGAGCCUGGACCCCCCCUCCGUCCCCGUCAACCCAGCGCUGUACGGCAGCGGGCUGGAGCUGCAGCCCCUGCCCAGCCUGGACGACAGGACAGUCCUGGUGGGCCAGAGGUUACCUCUGAUGGCAGAGGUCAGCGAGACAGCCUUGUACUGUGGCACAGCCCCCAGCAGCGAGGCUGGGGACGUGUGGAGGACCUACAGUGUCCCCUCGAGCGACGACGGCGAGUUCCGGCCGCCGGAGCUGCCCUGUGACAGGUAUGACGGCAAGAUGGAAGUGAACCCCGACAGCACUGCACUGAAAAGGCUCUUGGCACAGCCCAACAAACGGUUCAAAAUCCUGGAAGAGCAGAAGCCGGCACAGCCCCUGAGCUACCUGGAGCCUCUGCCUCUGCUGCAGCAGCCUGGGGAGGGCUGGGGGGACACCAGUGACCCCUACACCUUUGAGGAUGGGGACAUCAAGUACAGCUUCACCGUCAACAAAAAGUGCAAACUUGGGGCCGAGAAAGAUCCUUCGAAGAAGACCAAGCCAGAAGAUGGAAUUGGUGCCAAGGAAAUCCCCCCAACGGGACAUUCCACACCAGUUCCUGAUGGAAAAGAUGCCAUGUCCAUUUUCAGUUCUGCCCCUAAGGCUGACACCCGGCAGGACGGCGCUGCCGGCCGAGGGGGCUCCGGGAGCCUCACCCAGGUGACGGAUCUGGCUCCAUCCCUGCACGACCUGGACAACAUCUUUGACAAUUCAGAUGAAGAUGAGCUUGGGGCCGUGUCCCCAGCCCUUCGCUCCUCCAAGCUGCCGCCGGCGGGGUCCGAGGAGCGGCCGGUGGGCAAGGACGGCAGGACGGCGGUUCCGUACCCCCCCACUGUGGCAGAUCUCCAAAGGAUGUUCCCAACACCACCUUCUUUAGAACAGCACCCUGCCUUCUCCCCAGUGAUGAGUUACAAAGACGGAAUAAGCUCAGAGACUGUGACCACCCUGGGCAUGAUGGAGAGUCCUAUGGUCAGCAUGGUCCCAACACAGCUUGCUGAGUUCAAAAUGGAGGUGGAAGAUGGGUUAGGUAGCCCCAAACCUGAAGAAAUCAAGGACUUUUCGUACGUGCACAAAGUUCCAUCAUUUCAACCUUUCGUGGGCUCCUCCCUGUUUGCUCCACUGAAGAUCCUGCCCAGCCAGUGCCUCCUACCCCUGAAGAUCCCAGACACCUGCAUCUUCAGGCCUUCGUGGGCUGUUCCUCCCAAAAUCGAGCAGCUCCCUCUGCCGCCCGCAGCCACUUUCAUCAGAGACGGCUACAACAACGUGCCUAGUGUGGGGAGCCUGGCGGACCAGGACUACCUGCAGAUGAGCACCCCCCAGAUGAGCACCCCGGUGACCCUCAACAGCGCGGCCCCCGCCAGCAACAGCGGGGCGGGGGUGCUGCCGUCCCCCGCCACCCCCCGCUUCUCCGUGCCCACCCCGCGCACGCCCCGCACGCCCCGCACGCCCCGGGGCGGGGGCACCGCCAGCGGCCAGGGCUCCGUCAAGUACGACAGCACCGACCAGGGCUCCCCCGCGUCCACCCCCUCCACCACGCGGCCGCUGAACUCGGUGGAGCCGGGCACGGUGCAGCCCAUCCCCGAGGCCCACAGCCUGUACGUCACCCUCAUCCUCUCCGACUCCGUGCUCAACAUCUUCAAGGACAGGAACUUCGACAGCUGCUGCGUCUGCGCCUGCAACAUGAACAUCAAGGGCGCCGACGUGGGGCUCUACAUCCCGGACUCGUCCAACGAGGACCAGUACCGCUGCACCUGCGGCUUCAGCGCCAUCAUCAACCGCAAGCUGGGCUACAACUCCGGGCUCUUCAUCGAGGACGAGCUCGACAUCUUCGGCAAGACCUCGGACAUCGGCCAGGCCGCGGAGCGGAGGCUGAUGGUCUGUCAGAGCGGCCUGAUGUCGCAGAUGGGAGAGGGAGCCAGGAGGAGCCAGGAGCCCCCCAUGAGCCUCCUGCUGCUCCUGCAGAACCAGCACACGCAGCCCUUCACGUCGCUGAGCUGCCUGGAUUACAUGUCCUCCAACAACCGGCAGGCGCUGCCCUGCACGAGCUGGAGCUACGACCGGCUGCAGGCCGACAGCAACGACUCCUGGGUGGAGUGUUUCAACGCCCUGGAGCAGGGCCGGCAGUACGUGGACAACCCCACGGGGGGCAAGGUGGACGAGGCCCUCGUACGAAGUGCCACCGUCCAUUCCUGGCCUCACAGCAACGUGCUGGACAUCAGCAUGCUCUCCUCCCAGGACGUGGUGCGCAUGCUGCUCUCGCUCCAGCCCUUCCUCCAGGAUGCCAUCCAGAAGAAGAGAACGGGAAGGACCUGGGAGAACAUCCAGCACGUGCAGGGACCACUCACCUGGCAGCAAUUCCAUAAGAUGGCAGGACGGGGAACCUACGGCUCUGAGGAGUCCCCGGAGCCUCUCCCGAUCCCGACGUUACUCGUGGGCUAUGACAAGGACUUCCUGACAAUCUCUCCCUUCUCCUUGCCCUUCUGGGAGAGGCUCUUGCUGGACCCAUACGGGGGCCAUCGGGACGUCGCCUACAUCGUGGUGUGUCCGGAAAACGAGGCCUUGCUCGACGGAGCCAAAACUUUCUUCAGGGACUUGAGCGCUGUAUACGAGAUGUGCAGGCUGGGCCAGCACAAGCCCAUCUGCAAAGUGCUGCGCGACGGGAUCCUGCGGGUGGGCAGGAGCGCGGCCCCCACGCUGCCCGAGGAGCUGGGCACAGAGUGGCUCACCCAGCCCUGGGGCUCCGAGGACGGGGACAAUCAUUCCAGGCUCAAACUCUACGCCCAGGUCUGCCGCCAUCACCUUGCACCUUACUUAGCCACCCUGCAGCUGGACAGCAGCCUGCUGCUGCCCCCCAAGUACCCGACCCCUGCCCCAGCCAGCCAGGCCCAGGCAGCUCCCGGGAACGCUGGACCCGCUCCCUCCAACCCCUCGUGUCUCUCCGCCGGGGCCCCGGCCACGGGCAGCUCCUUCAGCUCCACGCCCAGCGCCGGCACCACCAGCCUUCCCGCCGGGAGCACCUCCUCCUCUGGCUCCUCCGUGCCGCUGUCAGCGUCCUCUGCCACCCCCAGCACUGCCCAGAUGCCGGGCAGCUCCUCCACGCCCGGGUUCAGCGGGAAUGCCGGCCCCGGGCAGGGCGGUGCCGGGGCGGGCCCGGCAGAGCGAUCCCAGGGCAGCGUCCCCGCGGCCGACACGGAGCAGGGGCAGAGCCUGCCCCAGCAGCAGCAGGAGGGGCAGGAAGGGGUCCCCGAGCGGGAGCGGAUCGGGGUCCCCACGGAGCCGGAGGCCGCCGACAGCAACGCCUACCCCCCUGCCGUGGUCAUCUACAUGGUGGACCCCUUCACCUACACUGCAGAGGAGGAGUCUGCCUCAGCCAACUUCUGGCUCCUGAGUCUCAUGAGAUGCUACACAGAAAUGUUGGAUAACUUGCCUGAGAACAUGAGGAAUUCUUUCAUUCUCCAGAUUGUGCCUUGCCAGUACAUGCUGCAGACAAUGAAGGAUGAGCAGGUUUUCUACAUCCAGCACUUGAAGUCCCUGGCGUUCUCCGUGUACUGCCAGUGCAGGAGGCCCCUGCCCACCCAGAUCCACAUCAAGUCCCUCACGGGCUUUGGGCCAGCUGCCAGCAUUGAGAUGACCCUCAAAAACCCCGAGAGGCCCAGCCCCAUCCAGCUGUACUCACCUCCUUUCAUCCUGGCACCCAUCAAAGACAAGCAGACAGAGCUGGGAGAGACCUUUGGGGAGGCCAGUCAGAAGUACAACGUGCUGUUUGUGGGGUACUGCCUGUCCCACGACCAGCGCUGGCUCCUGGCGUCCUGCACCGACCUGCACGGGGAGCUGCUGGAGACCUGCAUCGUCAACAUCGACGUGCCCAGCAGGUCGAGGAGGAGCAAGUUGUCUGCCCGGAAGAUCGGGCUGCAGAAGCUCUGGGAAUGGUGCAUUGGAAUUGUCCAGAUGACAUCCCUGCCCUGGAGGGUCGUCAUCGGGCGGCUGGGCCGGCUGGGCCACGGGGAGCUGAAAGACUGGAGCAUCCUCCUGGGGGAGUGUUCCCUGCAGACAAUCAGCAAACAGCUCAAGGAGGUUUGCCGCAUGUGCGGCAUCUCGGCGGCAGAUUCCCCGUCCAUCCUCAGUGCCUGCCUGGUCGCCAUGGAGCCACAGGGCUCCUUCGUGGUCAUGCCAGAUGCUGUCACCAUGGGCUCCGUGUUUGGCCGGAGCACGGCGCUGAACCUGCAGUCGUCCCAGCUCAACACCCCCCAGGACGCCUCCUGCACACACAUCCUGGUGUUCCCAACCUCUGCCACCAUCCAGGUGGCACCAGCAAAUUACCCCAACGAGGAUGGGUUCAGCCCCACAAACGAUGACAUGUUUGACCUCCCAUUCCCAGAUGACAUGGACAAUGACAUUAGAAUUUUAAUAACAGGGAAUCUUCACUCUUCACCAAAUUCCUCCCCAGUUCCUUCCCCUGGAUCACCAUCUGGCACUGGAGUGGGAUCUCACUACCAUCACAGCAGGAGCCAAGGGGAACGUCUCCUGUCCAGGGAAGCCCCCGAAGAGCUGAAGCAGCAGCCUCUGGCCCUGGGAUACUUCGUGUCGACUGCCAAAGCUGAGAACCUUCCACAGUGGUUCUGGUCCUCCUGCCCUCAGGCACAGAACCAGUGUCCCCUCUUCCUGAAGGCCUCACUGCAUCACCACAUCUCUGUAGCGCAGACAGACGAGCUCCUACCUGCCAGAAAUUCUCAGCGAGUUCCUCACCCCCUUGACUCUAAAACUACAUCAGAUGUCUUGAGGUUCGUGCUGGAGCAGUACAACGCGCUGUCCUGGCUCACGUGUAACCCGGCCACCCAGGACCGCAGCUCCUGCCUGCCCGUGCACUUCGUGGUGCUCACCCAGCUCUACAACGCCAUCAUGAACAUCCUCUGAGAGACACAAAAGCACUUCUUCUUCCUCUGGCUUCGGCCCCCCUCGGCCUGACAAACGUGCCACAGCCUGCAAACCCCACGGUUCCGCUUCUCUUCAGACCAGUCCCGUGCUGUGCUUCUGUCCCUGCAGAGCACACGUGGAUCCCGCAGUGCUCGGAACUGAGCCACCCAUCGGCACCUCCGGCAGCUUCAGUCCAAAAUCUGGGAACAUCCAAGAACAGUCAACACAGAGUAACCUCAAGCCAGUGUUAGUUUGGUGGCCCAGUAACUACUGGUCGGUGUGUGAUUAUUUUUUUUACUAUUUUAUUUUUUUAAGGAAGACUACAGGAUCUUUUUUUUGCAUUAGGAACUGAUACACGACCGAGAGCAGGCUCGGCCCUGCCAGCAAAACCACCUCGUGGUGACCACUUGGGGUGUUUUGUUGUUUGAUCUUCGUAAACUGGGACUUUGCAGGAGGAAAAAAAACCACGACCACAAAACCACACAGUCGUAGUCUCGUAUAAAUAUUGGAGUUUUCUGUCUACCUGGAGUUCCUGUCAGAGUGGAUCGGGAUGAAUGCAUGCAUUUGUUACCUGUCCAUGUAGAUAUGAAUGGUCUGGAGAUACUUUAUUUAUUUUUAGGUUUGGGGAGGGGAGGGAUUAAAUUAUAAAGGACCAGGAACAGUAGAAUAUCUUCAAAAUCCGGCUCCGUUCCACUGUGGGGUUAUUUAUCUGCAGACCUCUCACUCUUCUGCCCUAGAAAUCAAAAGUGAAGCUCUUCACAAGCCGUGUCCAAGCUGGGAAGGGAAGGAUAUAUUGCAUUUUCAGGAAUUCUCACCUGGGGUUAGCCUGGUUAAAGCAAGGAAUGGCCAGUGUUCAAUGAAGGAAAACACUACCUAAGGGAGAAGAGUGAGAGAGAGGUAGGGAGGAAAAAUACUUUAAAGCCCAGUGUGAGGGCGAGUGGAAAGUGGUAAAUUAAUCUGUCAUAGAGCUCUGAUUGAGAUCUAUUUCCAGUAAAUUUAGUGAUGCCAGAAAGCUAUUUACUGAAAGCCAGGUGGCCCUUGAAUUCUGGGCACGCUCGUCCAUGUACAUAUCCAAAAACACGAUUUUUGUUUGUUUGUUUACACUAAAUCAGUCGCAAACCUGGUGUAUUUUUUUCUGACUAUAGGAAUAUUAUUUCAAAGAAAUAAUUUUUAAAAAAAAACCAAACCAAACAAAAAGGUUCUGUCGUUAAAUCAGUACUUGAAGAAGCGGCCCCAGCCGUGGUGGCCGAGCAGCUCCGCUCGGUGGGACGGUGGGAAGGGUUUUUAUGGCUCCUUCAUUCCAGGCUCCGAGGGCUUGGGGAGUUCCAGCCCCGUUUUCCUCGUGUUUGGGGGUGCACUGGGCAGGGCCUUGGGUCACUUUGGUCAGGCUGAGUGACCUUCUGACCUGUCCGGGGAGAGAAAAAAGAAAAAACAAAACAACACCGAGUUUGAAAAAAAAAAGUUCUUCCAAAAAAAGACUUUUCGUGUGUUCUGGUUAAAAAAAAAAAUAAAUAAUAAUGAUAAUUAAAAAAAUAAUAAAAAAAAAAAAUU